GAUUUAAUCACUUUUACUUUAAUUUCAAACGAUUUGAUAUAAAAGUACGAAAUGCAACUCGCAACUUUUGCUUUUCUGCUUAUCACGGUCGCUGUCACUUACGCGAGUAAACCUCAUUAUGAUUUAAACGACGCUCCUGCUUUAUUCGAAACAUUUAUCAGGGAUUAUAACAGACAGUAUAAGAGUGCUGCGGAUAGAGAGGUGCAUUAUCAAGCAUUCGUUGAUAGUUUAAAUGAAAUAAACAGAUUAAACGAAGUCUCAGGGUUAGAUAGCGAUACCGCUGUUUAUGAUAUUAAUGAUUUUGCUGACUAUACAAAAGAAGAAAUGAAGAUGAAAUUCGGCUACUUGCACAAAGAGUAAGAGCUCCAGAUCCAUCGAUGGCGAGAAAUUAAAAAACGUAUCUCUUUAUAUCAAAUAUAUACUAUAUCAUUAUAA